AAAUCAUCCUUUUGCAACCAGAAUCAUCAUUCUAUAAUUGUUUUUGUAAGUGUGGAUGUAUGCAAGCUUGAAUUUCUGCAACUCUGUGGAAGGACUUGCUGCAAUGCUUCUUACAGUGUGUGUAUAUAUUUACUGCAUAAAAGGCUCUUCGGCAGUUUUACUGAUGGUGAAAAUGUAGGAGGGAAGUCAGAAAAUACAUGUUUAAGCUCUUGUCAAUCUGCAUACAGAAACAAUUUAAAAACUUUAAAUAAAAAUAUCUUCGCAGAUUUAAAUUGUUAUUUCACGAAUAGUUUUUAAUGUAGUAAACGUUCUUCUGGGCAGUAACAGCAACAAGAGGAAGUAUGAAGGGUAGAGAGUGAGAAAUAACUUUGAAUGUCUGCUGUAGCCCACCCCCCACCCCCCCUGGAUUAGCCUAAAAGCAGGGAGAUUUGCACUGUAAAGCGGGCUCAAGACCCAGGUCACCCCUAUCAUUCACUACAAGUGACACCCGCCCACCUAGAUCGAAAAUCACUGCUUUUAAAGAGCUCGAAAUACCAGCCCUCUCUCCAAUGAAGUCUUAUAUUUUGCCAUUCUGCGUGACUAAUAACGCUAGCUUUAAACAGCGGCAGUAAGAGAACACCAGCGGAUUCCUUGAACCGACGAGGAAAAACGCAGGCUGUCAGUUGACACGGGCAUCCAAUCGGCGCCCGCUUCUCAAAGGCCAAUCACAGUUUGUCUUACAUCGAGGCGCCGGGGAGCAAGGAGCCGGAAGUGUCAGUCUCCCGGGUGAUGCUGCCGCGGUCACCUGGAGGGCUGUGCACUCCCCGGGCUGCAUUCAUACCUGAGCUCUAAGGGACAAGCAGUUCAGCCCUUUUCUGUGCUGGCUGGGUUUGCUUGUAUUUGUUCCUAGUCACCGCUCAUGUAAUGCACUCCCUGAACCAGGAAAUUAAAGCAUUCUCCCGGAAUAAUCUCAGGAAGCAAUGCACCAGGGUGACAACGCUAACUGGAAAGAAAAUUAUAGAAACGUGGAAAGAUGCCAGAAUUCAUGUUGUGGAAGAAGUAGAGCCGAGCAGUGGGGGUGGUUGUGGUUAUGUGCAGGAUCUUAGCUUGGACCUGCAAGUUGGCGUUAUUAAGCCAUGGUUGCUCCUGGGAUCACAAGAUGCUGCUCAUGACCUGGAUACACUGAAAAAGCACAAGGUGACUCAUAUUCUCAAUGUUGCAUAUGGAGUUGAAAAUGCUUUCCUCAGUGACUUUAUAUAUAAGAGCAUUUCUAUACUGGAUCUGCCCGAAACCAAUAUCCUGUCUUAUUUUCCAGAAUGUUUUGAAUUUAUUGAACAAGCAAAAAUGAAGGAUGGAGUGGUUCUAGUCCAUUGCAAUGCAGGGGUUUCCAGGGCAGCUGCAAUUGUAAUAGGCUUCCUGAUGAAUUCUGAAGAAAUCUCAUUUGCCACUGCUUUUUCUUUGGUGAAAAAUGCAAGGCCUUCCAUAUGUCCAAAUGCUGGUUUCAUGGAACAGCUCCGUACAUAUCAAGAGGGCAAAGAAAGCAAUAAGUCUGACAAAAUACAGGAAUUAGAAGGAGACAACAGUUCAUGAGUUACAUUCUAGCAGAUGAUGGACAACUAGUUUCUGAAUUGGCUUCUAUAACCACCUUUCCCCUUUUUGUAGUUUAAUAAAAACUUCCUUUUCUCUUG